UAGGUGGCGCACUUUGUAUUAUUCCCGAUAUGAAAAACAAAACAGAUUAACAAAAUACGGAAAGAUGGGUGUGUGUGAUUCUUGUCUUUUUGGUUCAAAUGACGACUAUGAACAGCCUGAUGAGGAAGACAGAAGAAGACAACAAGCAGAGGCUGCAGAGAAAAGAGCCAAAGAGGCUGAAGGCAGGGGUUUGAAAGAUCCAGAGGGGGUAAAACGGAAACGACAGAAAAUGGAAGAAGCAGAAAAGAGAGCCGCCGAGGCAGAAGCAUCAGGUGGACAAGGAGGCGAAGGUCUUAAGGUAUAUUUUCUAUCGUCUUUUGUAAGUAAAUAUAGCUAGUACAGUAACUUAUUAAUACAAAAAUUUAUUAGGAAAAUCUGUAUUUGGAUUGAAUGUUUAUUUCAUAGCUCAAUUAAACAGUAUAUAUAUAUAACACUGAUUAUUAUACGCUGCUGUUUUGAAGCAGUAUUUCAUGUAGCGGUAAUUUUUACAGAAUGUGAGACUCUAAAAUCGAGGAAGUAGGUGUUUCAAUUCCUAAGUUGUCAGAGUUUCCUGGCAGCUUUGCCCUCUGGACCCUCUUUGAGGGCUUCGGUGCUGCUCUGGCCCUGCCUACAUUUGCUAUCAUCAAGUUUAUUUUGUCUGGUACCUGUAUGUUUUGCAUGUUGCCUUUUCAUUUUAUUUAUUUAUAGUUUUGCAUGUUGACUUUUGAUUUUAUUUGUAAAGUUCAAAGUAAAUUGGAAGUAAAUUAUAAGACUAAUUUUUAAAACACUGAAAGUGUGACUAAAGUCGAAGAAAAAUAUCAACUAUAGGCUAUAUAUGUGUAUAUAAAUUACAUGAAAGUAACUUAGGUAUGGCGAUACACCUCCACAGAGAUUUACUUUGAUCGCUAAUAACUUUUUAUCCCUCUCACAUAGACGCAAAGAAGAAUUGAAGUGUUUAAAUAAAGACUUAGAUUACUUAUCAGACUAUUCAUUUAUGUAUACUUAUUUUUUUUUUUUUUUGGUUCCUAGGCCUUUAUCCAGCUUUUAUCUACUUUGUUUAUUCCAUAUUAAGUAGAACGUUUAGGAUGCGCGUCUUAUUACGCGCCUCUGUUCUUUACCGCUGAUUCGAUGUUCUUUUUUCGUUUCGUUGGCCAUGUGAACCGAAUUCGACUUUGGUGUGAAUGUUGCUUUACUAUGUAUUUUUUGUCAGUUGUCCUCACACUGAGGAAGAACACAGGAGUGUUUGAAAUAUUUGUGAUUUAAUAAAUUGUAUUGCUUCUAGUAUGUUUACAACUCAUAGCUGUU